GUCAAUUCUGCACGAGGCUCGCGUCUUCCGAAGAACUCCGGGGUGAUUCGGCCGAGCUCCGAACCAGUUCCUCGGCAAAAUUACGCCCGAGCCCUUGGCUCUCGGUUUCGCCUACAUGGAGCGCCACCCCGUCCCCUCCCUCGAAGAGCGACAGGGAAGGCACGUCCGUCGCCGCAUUUACGUACAACCCCCGGAAGCCUUCUCCCUUCGGGAACCCGGUCCUUUGUCGUACCCGCCAUGGCCUCCGAGCUCAUCUACCGCGGCCAUGACGCCGCCCACACGCCGACGAGCGGCGGCGCCGGGUACACACCCAAGCCGGAGAAGCGGCUGCUCUGGUUCUCACGCCCGCUCCGCUACCUUAUUCGGGAGCAGCGCCUCGCCUUCCUACUCGUAGGCAUGGCCCUUGCCACCCUCUUCUUCGCCCUCGCUCCCUCCUCUUCCCCCUCCUCCUACUCCUCCGCCGCGGCGGCCGAGCUGGCCCUCCGCUCGGCGAUGGAGCUGGCGAGAUUCGGCGAGCACCACCGCCACAGGGCGGCGUUCGAGGCGGCGACGUCUAGGGGCUUCGUUGGGGGGAAGGUGCCGCUGGGAAUCAAGCGGAAGGGGCUCCGCAUCGUGGUAACUGGCGGGGCCGGCUUCGUGGGGAGCCACCUGGUGGACCGGCUGAUCGCUCGUGGGGACAGCGUCAUCGUGGUGGACAACUUCUUCACGGGGCGGAAGGAGAACGUGAUGCACCACUUCGGGAACCCCAACUUCGAGCUCAUCCGCCACGACGUCGUCGAGCCGCUGCUGCUCGAGGUCGACCAGAUCUACCACCUCGCUUGCCCCGCCUCCCCAGUCCACUACAAGUUCAACCCCGUCAAGACCAUCAAAACCAAUGUGGUGGGAACUCUCAACAUGCUUGGCCUGGCCAAGAGAGUGGGAGCCAGGUUCCUCCUCACCAGCACCAGUGAAGUCUAUGGUGAUCCAUUACAGCACCCUCAAGUUGAGACCUACUGGGGCAAUGUCAAUCCCAUUGGGUGGGUUGCAACUUGGAACUUGCAAGUGGACCCAUUCCAUAAGGAGUGUCUUAUGGAAUGGAAUGGGUAUCUAUCAUGUACAUGGCAGGCCCUUCUCAAUAAACUACCUACAAUAGACAAUAUGAAAAGAAGAGGAGAUUCUCCAGCGAUUUGA